CACACAAGUCACAAACUCACAACCAUCGAUCAAUUAUUUUACACUAGUACAAAAAUCACAAACCCCCGUACUUUUUUUUUAAAAAAUAGAAGAAAUGUCUGAAUCGUCGAACGUAUCGGCGCCGUUGCUGCGGUCGUUGCAAGGGUCAUCGUCGGAGGCUGAAAAUUCCCCCAGGAUGCCGCAGACGACGACGUUGGCGCUUCUUUUAGGUCGAGCUGCAGGCCGCCGUGGCCCGUCAAUGUUAGUGAGGGAGACGGCAGCGCGUGAACUGGAGGAGAGGCGUGCUGACUGGGGGUACUCGAAGCCGGUGGUGGCGCUUGAUAUGAUGUGGAAUAUGGUGUUUGUUGCUGUAUCGUUGGUUACGUUGAGUUUUACUUUUGAUGAGAAGCCUAAUGUUCCGAUUAGGGUUUGGAUCUGUGGGUACGCGGUGCAGUGUUUGGUGCAUGUUCUGUUGGUGUGGACGGAGUAUCGGCGAAGGAGGAGGAGAGAGAUUGGGAGUGUUCGUCGUGGACGGGUUGUCGAUCUCGAGGCGGGCGAGUUUAGGGGGAGGUUUGAUUUGGAUGGGAAUGACAGUGAUGGGGAUGAUGAUGGAGUUAUGUUUGGGGGUUCUGCUCAGUCUAGUUUCUCCAAGAGAUGCGAAUCUGGGAACACAAUGGCAUCAUUUCUUUGGUGGAUAGUCGGCUUUUACUGGGUUGUUUCUGGCGGGGAACAGCUACUUCAAGAUGCGCCACGGCUGUAUUGGUGUGUUCCUAUUACCUUCCAAACACUAAAACCACCAUUCCCCAAUAAACUAAAGAAGUCGAGAAGAGCAAAAGUGGGAAACAUAAAGUUGACUGUUGUCUACCUUGCAUUUGAUGUUUUUUUCGCCAUAUUCUGUGUUGUCUUGGCCUGUUUAAUAGGGGUCGCCCUGUGUUGCUGUCUGCCAUGUAUUAUAGCAAUUCUUUAUACAGUUGCUGGACAGGAAGGUGCAUCUGAGGCAGAUCUUAGUGUGCUCCCCAAAUACAAAUUUCAGGCAUCAAAAAAUGAUGAUAUGCCUGAUAAAGGAGCUGGGGUGAUGGUUCCAGUGGAGUCUAGUAGUGGAUACGUGGUGUCUGAACGUGUUCUUUUACCUGAAGACGCAGAGUGUUGUAUAUGUCUCAGUUCAUAUGAUGAUGGAGUGGAGAUUCAUGCUCUUCCAUGCAACCAUCACUUCCAUGUAACUUGUAUUGUGAAAUGGCUUAAGAUGAACGCCACUUGCCCCCUUUGCAAAUACAACAUCGUCAAAUAAUAGAACAUGUUUGAACAUAGGAGGAAAACUGUUGAGUUCAUAUUGUAAUUUAUUUGUACAGGGAUUUAAGAAAGGAAGGCGAAUAUUUCCACGAGUAUGAUGGUCAUCAUUUUGGUUGGUUGAUGUGCUUCCUUUUCUGGUUGCAGUUGUCAUUCUUGUGUAGAAAGCUUACUACUGAUGGAUCCAGCAUUCCAGCCUAAUAAAUCCGAAAGUGUUCGGUUUGGUUAAAUGCCUAAAUGGAUGAAAGAGCUUCUGUUGGUAGCUAAGCUAUGUAUAUCAUUUUAUUAUAUUUUAUGAUUGUAUGUAUAGAGGUACGGAGAAUUCUCGCUAAGUUAAAAAAAAAGUUAUUGUAA